AUGUCAUAUUUGGUCAGCCCAGAAUUCCUGCGGGUCCUGCUUCUCGGCUUCAUCACCUCGCUGCACAUGACAUGGCGAAGGCUCAUCAAUCAACUCGUGCCGGAACCCUAUCUCGACGAAUAUUUCCAUAUCCCUCAAGCUCAAGCAUAUUGGCUAGGGAAGUGGUCGCAAUGGGAUCCCAAAAUCACCACUCCCCCGGGCCUCUACGUCUUUUCCUACGCGGUCAACGCGGUCCGGGACUUCUUCUCCAAAGAAGAAUUGAGGCCUUCUGUCGGCGAGUGGAGAUUUACCAAUGUGCUGUUGCUGUAUCUAUUGCUUGUCGCAUUGUACAUUCUGGCGGCGGUCGGGAGGAAGUCUGUGCAUCAUGAAAGUGUUCUUCAGCGGGAGUUCAGCAUCAUUUGCUUCCCCUUGAUUUUCUUCUUCUCGGGCAUAUAUUACACCGAUCUGUUCAGCGUUUUCACCGUGGUCCUCAGUGAGAUCUUUUGGGCUGCAGGAACCAGCUCGCAGGGAACCAGCAAGCUCCUCUUCCAGGCGUCACAUUUCGUGGCUGGAUUGGUCUCGCUGGCCGCCCGGCAGACAAAUAUUUUCUGGGUCGCGGUGUAUCUGGGUGGGCUUCAGGUCAUUGAAAGCGUAAAACAGAGAGUGGGCGCGCGUGAGGUCCACGAUCCUCCCGUGUCUGAAUCAUACUUUGAAGAUUUCCCCAUCACCAGCAUUUCUCUCGCCCAGUCUGCCGUCCCCAUGAUCCCCCAACUCCUUCUCGACUUGUGGCCACAGUUGUCGCUCCUCGCCACCUUCGCCGCGUUUGUCGCCUGGAAUAGUGGCGUCGUCCUCGGAGACAGAGACAACCACAUUGCAACCAUCCACCUUGCCCAAAUGCUCUAUAUUUGGCCAGCAAUCGUCUUUUUUUCAUGGCCUGUCCUGCUGCCGCUGUUCUCCAAUCUCCGGGGCCUUCGUCAACGGCUUCCGAGAAUCACUACGACGCUGAGUUUCCUCCUUCUCAUGCUCGCCGUCGUCAGAUUCAACACCAUCAUCCAUCCCUUCACUCUCGCCGACAACCGACAUUAUACUUUCUACGUGUUCGCCAUCCUGAGAAAACAUUGGCUCAUCAAAUAUGCCGCUGUCCCAGUCUACUAUCUCUGCGCCUACAUGGUUCUGGGAAGCCUGGGAGGCGCCACGGACGGAGUGCUACCGUCUUCAAAGUCGGCGCGUAUCCUUUACGGAGACGACGCUGUGCGUGUGAGCUUCAUCCUCGUCUGGCUCGUAGCGACCUCCUUGUCGCUCAUAGCCGCCCCCUUGGUGGAACCUCGAUACUUUCUGAUUCCUUGGCUCACGUGGCGCCUGGCUGUUCCGGAGUAUAUAUCAGCCAAGAAACAGAAGAGAUCGGAGCUGGAGACAAACGGCUCUUCUUCAGACAAGGCCGCUUCAACAUCGGCGAUACAGUCGCUGUUACGAACCGCAGCGGCACACUCGGCUUGGCUAGAGCUCGCGUGGUAUCUUGUCGUCAACGUGGUCACGUGCUACUUGUUCUUGUACAGAGGCUUCGAGUGGUCUCAAGAGCCGGGGAAUGUCCAGAGGUUCAUGUGGUAG